AUGACAUCUGAAAAGAAAAAAAGCGACAGAGAGGAAGAAAAACGUACGAAAUCAUCCUCAACUGGUAAAAAGAGAUCGAAAAAUGAAAAAAGUAGAGAUGGAAGAAGAACUUCGGAUAGAACAAAAUCAGAGGAUACGAAAGAAUCAGGGAAAAAAGAUUCGAGUCCACAGAGACAAAAAAGUCAAUCCUCACCGAGAAAACCGAAGAAAAGUGGGCUCAGUCCUCCGCCAUCGUCACUUCAGAGUCUUCCAGGAGAACUCAUAAAUGAAGGAAUGGAUGUGACACAAUGGGAAAAUACACCAUAUAAGGACGAAGCCGCUGGAAAUGUAGUUGAAGAUCCAAAUGAAUAUGUGGUUGAUAAAGUUGGAGAGGGUACUCCGUUCCUUACUGAACAGAAGCAAGUCAUGCUUCAAAAAGGAGAACAUUUGUUCGAUAAACCAAUGUAUACACUGUUUUUUCUUUUCGUGGAAUUGAUCCUCGGAUUGACAGUAACGGUCUCAUGGAGUUUUUUUCUAGACAGCAACGAAUUCACACCAAUUCUCUUCUGUUUCGCCAAUAUUAUCAUCAUCAUUAUCGUGAUUCUCAUCUUAUUUGUGAUUCAAUUUGGAAGGUUUAAUAUCUGUGUUCUCCACUUCCUCCGAUUCUUUCUAAUCUGUUCCAACAUCUCGAUUGCCGCAUUGGAUAAUGACUUCGACGGUGGAACAAUCACUAUGGUAUCAGCGAUGCCUGUCAUGCUUAUCUUAUCAGCAGCUGGUCCAGGUGCUCCUGAUCCACGUUGUCCAUUCUUUCCUGGUGCUCCUGGAGGUCCGGCCUCUCCUGCUGCUCCAGCAUCUCCUGGUUCACCUUCUGGUCCGGUUUCUCCAGCCGCUCCUGGAUUUCCAGCGGCUCCUGGAGCUCCUGGUUGUCCAUCUGGUCCUGGAGCACCUGGAGCUCCAUCUGGUCCAGCUGGUCCUGGCUCUCCGGCUGGGCACUUGAUGCAUGGAAGUUUCUCGUCUUCGAAGAUCAAAGAAGAUCCGGCGUUUCCGUCUUUUCCUGGGUUUCCAGCUUCUCCAUCGGCUCCUGAACUCUUGAGCAUCAAAGUACAAAGAUCCAGCUAUGAAAAGACUGGAGAGAAUUGUGACACCGCAAACGGAAGUGAUGAAGAGAAGUACAGAACUUGUGGUUGA